UUCUCAUGGAAGAGGAGGGUUUUUGCCGCUGGCUAGCGCACAGGACACGGUCGUUCAAGCCGUCACCGAUACAGAAGCUCUCGCAUCUCGCUCAGCAGCGCAAUGCGAUCAAUCUAGCGGAAGGGUUUCCAGAUUUCCCAGCUCCGCCAGAGGUGAAGGAGGCCGCAAGGGAUGCCAUUGGAGCAGACUUCAAUCAGUACAGGCAUGUACAAGGUGUUUGCGACAAAGUGGCCGAGCAUUUUGAGCAUUUCCAGGGUGUGAAGGUUGACUCCAAGUCCGACAUUGUGCUUUGCUGCGGUCAAUCGGAAGCUCUCGCUGCCGCGACUUUCGCUGGUGAGUUCGAACAGAUCUCCUUUUUCACUCUUGGUCCUCUUCUUUUAGUUGUUGAUCGUGACGACGAAGUGAUUCUUUUGGAACCGGUCUAUGAGACGUACGAAUCUUGCAUCAUAAUGGCUGGAGGCAAGCCAGUUUUCGUGCCUUUAACGCCUCCGCUGUGGACGUUGGAUUCAGAGAAGCUCGAAAGGAGCAUCACCUCUAGAACCAAGGCGAUUGUGAUUAACAGCCCUCACAAUCCGACUGGAAAGGUUUUUGCGAUAGAGGAACUUAAAGAGAUAGCGCAGCUCUGUUGUAAGCACGAUCUACUUGCUAUAACAGACGAGGUGUACGAGCACAUAGUGUUUCCUGGAGCAACACACGUGAGUAUUGCAUCACUGCCAGGCAUGCUCGAGAGGACGAUAGUCACCUCUUCGAUUUCAAAGACAUACUCGGUGACUGGGUGGCGUGUUGGCUGGGCUAUAGCACCGGUUCAGCUGGCGUCUGCCAUAAGAAACAUACACGUCAAGCUUACUGAUUCCGCUCCUUCACCUUUCCAAGUAGCGGCUUUGGUCGCGUUGCAGAGCAGUCACGAUUUCUAUGCAAAGCUCAAAAGUUGCUACCGGGAAAGAGGCGAAUAUAUAAAGAAAGUCCUAGUUGAAGCUGGUUUUGAGGUACCGUUUACGGCUCAGGGAUCGUUUUUCGUCUUUGCAAGGCUGCCGGAUGCUAUGAAGCAAAACGAUAUAGAGUUUGUCACGGAUCUAAUAAACCGCGCUGGAGUUGCACUAGUUCCUGGCUCCGCUUUCUUUCGAUCGAACAAACUUGGCUAUGAGAAUCGCUACGUGAGAGUAGCUUUUUGCAAAGAGAUGGCAACUUUGGUAGCAGCCGAAAGAGCAUUGAAGAAGGCAAAACUUUUUGCUUGGUAAUCUUAACAGACGACUAUCUAAUUCUUCCUGCUUGCUUGCACACUCUUUCUUGAAUGACUUAUUGUUAUAGCAUUCAAACUUGAUGUGCUACCAUCAUUCCUUUUUGCCAAAAUUUCUUAAAGAAGGAAUCAAUCUCCAUAAGCAGCUCAACCAACAAACGAACCAUCUUGUUCGAAUAUAAAAGAAUACUUUUCUUUUUUAAUAAAACUUGAUGAUUUAACAUGAGAAA